AGCAGUACUAGGGGGCUUCCGUCCCUCACCUGCCGGUGCCGCGGAACGAACAGCUUGAUGGCGCAUGGCUCCGUCUCGGGGCAGCCCGGCAGCUUCACCUCAUCCCCACUCGGUUGGGCGACGGUCACCGGCUGCCACACGCUCUUCCGGCGCGCUGCAUUGUGGGCCCGUGAGGACACGGCCGGGAAGGGAACGGCGAUGGGGACGAGCCAGGGGGACGAGCCGGCGCAUGCGCCAGCCUCUCGCACCGCCCCCUCCGCCGUCCGGCCCGUGGGGUAGUUGGUGUUGGGCCCGGGGUCUUGGGUGUCGCUCUGGGGCUGGCUGGGCUUGUUUGACAGGGGCUCCCCAGGCGUGCAGAUCCUCGCCUCUGGGGCCUAAAAGAGGCAGCGGCGACUGCGCUCCAGACGAGCGGCCCAGUGAGGGAGAAAUGCAUUUCCUGACGCUCGAGCACAGCUCGUCCCUUCUCAGAUUCUUUGCUUAGGGAACAACAGAAAUGACUGACCGAGAAGAAGCCGAGAUACAAAUUUCAGAACUGGAUUUAUUGUCUAGCAUGUUUCCUUAUGAGGAGGAGUUCAUUGUGACUGACCAGCUGGCUGUGGCAGAGCUAAAACACUAUGUCGAAAACGACUCUGCAGAGAUGCCAUCUUCCAAAGUUCAGUUUAUACUGAAUGUAAAGCCAGAGGUCUCUAAUGCCUCUAUGGUGGAAUUCUCUAUGGCUUGUGCUUUACCAUUUAAGUACCCAACUGUUCUACCAGAAAUUACUGUGAGGUCAUCGUUCUUAAGCCGCUGUCAGCAGAUUCACCUGAACUCUGAUCUCAAAACAUACUUGAUGCAAAACUGCAAUGGUGAGCCCUGCAUGUUGAGUGCAAGGGAAUGGGUUAAAGAUCACGCAGUUGCUUAUAUUGACAAAGAGCUUUCAGCUUCCUCGGUGACAACAUCAAAUUCUGUGCCAUCAGAAGAUACCACCUUCACUCGACUGUGGAUCUAUAGUCAUCACAUUUACAACAAGCAAAAAAGAAAGAACAUUAUUGACUGGGCCAAAGAGCUCUCUCUGUCAGGGUUUUGCAUGCCUGGAAAACCAGGUGUUGUUUGUGUGGAAGGUCUACAAAGUAGUUGUGAAGAGUUCUGGUCCAGAAUAAGAAGACUAACAUGGAAAAGAAUUCUCAUUCGACACAGAGAAGAUGUUCCUUUGGAAAGUGGAGGACAUGCUGAGAUUCAGAAACAAAGAAAGUUCUCCACUUUGGAAGAAAAAUGUUUUGAUGCACAUGGUGCCAGAGGAAAUCAUAUGGAUUUGGGACAACUAUAUCAUUUUUUGGAAGAAAAAGGUUGUGCUGAUAUUUUUCAAAUGUACUUUGGUGUUGAAGGGCACUGAAGGAGUUGAAGAUCACCACAAGUCCAAGUGCCUGCAUUUGUAAGUUAAUUGUAAGUUAAUCCUCUUAACAGAUUGCUUAGCUGAUCUGCAAAAAUUGAUCAGAAAGAUAAUUAAUAAUUAAUAGUUUAUAUGAUGAAUACAGCUUUCAUUGGAAGCAAAUAUCCAGUGAAAUCCUGAAUAAUGAAAAUUACUAGGUGAAUACUUUAUUACACUUUCUGCUUUUAAGGGCAUUUGGGGUAUAUACCUAAUUACAAUGGAAGAAAAUAUGUGUAAUAACCUACCGGGCACUUAAAGAAUUAUAGAUGAAUGGAUGGAAUUGCAUUACACAUGUUUGCUGGAAAUACAAUACAGCAGAGAGAAAACAGUCCCAGAGGCUCCAAAAGUGUAUGGAGAAAAAAAUCCUGACACAGCUGGUGAUGGAGCCAACUAGGGAAGGCUCCCUGCCGCACCUGCUGUUUGUGAAUAGAGGACUGUUGGGGACUGUCUUUGGUACAGUGAUCAUGAAAUGACAGAGUUCUCCGUUGUUGGAGAAGUAAAGAGGUAGGGGUCAGCAGAACUGCCCAGUGGGCAGAUUUUGGCCUCUUACAGAGACUGGUCAACAGAGUUCCUUGGGAUACAGUCCUGAAGGGCCAAGGCAUCCAGUGUCCUGGGUUAACUCAGCCCAGUCUCACAAGGCCCACUCCCUCCACAUAGAUCUAUGAUAUCCAGGAAGGCUGAACACUGUUUGAGAAGAAGUCUUAAAGGUGCAGGCACAGGCUAUCUCCCUGUAUUAAAAGGUGAGCAGGCAGGGAAGAAGACUGGCCUGGCUGAGCAGAAAACUUUGGCUGCAAGUCAGGGCAAAAGGGAUUGUUUAGUCUUUGGAAGAAGAGGCAGACCACUCAGGAGGCCUACAGAUUGUGAGAAGGAGUUAGAAGGGACAAAGCCUAACUGGAAAUAGAUUUGGUUUCAGCUGUUAAAAGAGAAUGACCAAUGGUUUUACAAAUAUUUUAGCAAAAAAAAAAGAGGACUAAGGCAUAUCUCUGUCCUUUAUUGGAUGCAGGAGGGAACAUAGUGAUCAAGGAUGUGGAAAACACCAAGGUACUCAUUACCUUCCUUGCAUCAGUCUUUAGUAUGAGGAUCAGUUGUUCACUGGAUACCCAGCUAUCUUGAGCUGGAAGAUAGGGAUAGGAAAUGAAAUGAAGGUCCCAUAUUCUAAGAGGAGAUAGUUAUCGUGAUCUGCUGCACCACUUACACAAGUCUAUGGGGCUGGAUGGCAUACACCCAAAGUUACUGAGUGACCUGGUGGAAGUGCUCACUGAGCCACUUUCCAUCAUUUACCAACAGUUCUGGCCAAGUAGGGAAGGCCCAACUGACUGGAGACUGGUGAAUGUGAUACACAUUUACAAGAUGUGAUGGAAGGAGGAUUCAGGGAACUAUAGACCUGCCAGUCUGACCUCAGUGCUAUCCUGACUGCCAUUAUGCAGUAUGUCCAGGGUAACCCAGUUAUCCCAGUCAGCAUGGGUUCAUGAAAGGCAGGAGGUGGGUGUUGGUAUCUUCUCCCUAGUAACAAGUGGUAGAACAAGAGAAAAUGGCCUCACGUUGCAGCAGGGAAGGUUUAGAUUGGAUAUUGAAGACAGUUCUUCACUGGAAGGGCUUGGCUCCCCAGGGAAAUGAUUAUAUUACCGCCCAUGUAGAUGUUUAGAAGACACACAUGCGAUGCUGAGGGACAUGAUUUAGCACCAGACUUGAUAGAGUUGAUGGGCUUGAAGGUCUUUUCCAACCAAAGCAAUUCUAUUCUAAUUAAAACGAAUGAGUGUAUGGGUGAGUAAAAACAAAAGUGAAGCCUGACUAUCUCAAAAAAGGACAUGUUAUGUUUACAUUACUCGUUACUGUUUACAUACACUACACAAAGACUUUAAACAACCUUUUCUAUUUUCUAACUGAAACUAUUAAGUCAGACAUGAGAUUCAUUUUUUAAUAAAAAAAAAAAAGGAACAAGUUCACAAUAAACUUGUUCAUGCAAACAGGAUGAGCUCAGGUGCCUAUUCUGAGGCAUAUGAACUUUCCAUAAAUAAAAUUAUAUAUGCAGGUAAGAGGGGUACUCUGAUGGCUCCAUUAAAUCUUUAGCUGAGGAGUCUAGUCUGUUUGCUUAAAUGAAAGCAGAAACUAUUUUAGGAUUGAGGUCCCUUACAGUGCACUCCAAAGCAGUAAAUAUCUUCAACCUGUGGAGUUUGUGGGUCUGCAAUCCACUGAACUACAGUACCUUAACCUGCCUGUGCUUCUGAGUCUGGUCUCAACAAAGUGAUUAUCACUUUGUUGUGUAUUCUAUGUCUAUAGACAUAGAGUAUAUGUCUGUAGCCAUAUACUACAUCACGUAUAUAGACAUACUCUAUAUCAUGAGUAUUCUAUGUCUAAAUCACAUACAUGUUAAAAAUCAGGCAUUAAGUUCCUUCUGAUGUUGACUUCUGAUUUCCUGAUUAUGUAUUUCUGUGUAGAUCUGGUAAAAUUACCAAUGUUUUGAUGUCUGGUACAGAUUUGGGCACUUUUUGCAGUGGUUUCAUUCAACAAGUGCAGAUUUGCUUCUAAUUUUAAACUCUUCCAAAUCCUAAGCCCUUGUCAUUGUACAAGAAAAUCACAGUUCAAUAAAAGCCUCGGAAUAUGCUUUUA